AUGGGGGGGCUGGCUUCGUUGCUGCGGGAGGCUGCGGAGGAGCUGAGGGAGAUAAGCGGGGGCUGUUGCGAGGUGCCGAUCCGUGCUGCCGACUCUCCCUUGCUGCUGCCGCCACCCACUCAGCGCUGCCGCAGCUGCGCGAGGAGUAAACAGAUCGAGACGCACAGACAAGAGGCGGCCUUUUCCCCCCCACCCACCGCCGCCACACUCAGCGGGAGGGGCCGAGACACCAGGCAGCCAAUGACGCCGCGCCCCCCCCAGCCGCUACAUCACAGAAACCGGGCGUUCCGCGUCGCCGACGCCGAGCCGCCCCUCCGGAUUGGGCGACGGGUGGACAUUUCAGCCUCCUGA